AUGGAGUCUUCAAAGGGGUGUUUAGAUCUUGAGUCCAACACCCAAUUUGAAUACGAUCCAUGGCUUCUUGAUGAUCACCCCCUACGAUCCUAUCCGACAGAGUGCAUUCCAGGCUUGUCGCUUUAUCUCGAUGAAUACUACGAAUCUAUCGGAAAGCGAAGGGCGAUUCUCUUCCGCGCUGGAUGCCUUAUCCUCGGAUGUCUAGCCGCAUUCCAAUGUCUCCGAUUUCUCCCAAUCAAUCUCAAACGGAUACUCGCGCCUCAUGCAUCCAUACCACACGCCCAGAUUCACCCCCAGAGUGGUGCGUGCACAUUCCCUACACUAGACACCCGACCACAUGCACUCAAGUCGUCUCUCGACGAAAGAUGUGAUGGCCUCCGAACGGCGGUCUGGAUGCACAACGGGAAGUUGCAGAUUGGAAAUGCAGUUGCGGAGACCGAGCCCGAGGACCUCCUGAAGCGACUCGGUCUUGACUCUCUUCUGGCGAAACUUGAACCUGAGAAUGAUGCUACCGCCCGGGCAUCUCUUAACCCCGAAAUUCCAAGCAGCUUUGAUGCUGGCCUGGCUGGGACUUUCCUUUUGAUGCUUGAUGCCAAGACAUCGCUUCAUGAACUGUACCCGUAUCUCGUAGAACAACUCGAUACUCUCCGGCAGAGGGGGUAUCUGUCCCAUUGGAAUGGGCAGAACGUUGUUCAGCGCCCUGUGACGGUCGUGGUCACUGGGGAGGCAUUCCCUGAGAGUGACUGUGUCAAUCAUUCGUAUGCUGACGUCUUCUGGUCUGCUGUACCAGAAGGAAGGUUUACAACGAGUGAUUUUACGAAGGAUGGCCUUCGACAUCUAUCGGCGCUUCCCAUCCACAGCAAGGAGGUUGAUAAGGGGUGA